UGACGUUUCCUUCUGUCCCCAGUCGGCUGCUGACAUCGGGCAGAUCCAGGAGCUGCAGCUUCAGCUGGAAGAAAUGAAGAAGGAGAAGCAGAAAGUCCAGGAGCAACUGCAGGUGGCUCGGACACGCAUCGAGUACCUGGAGCAGACGACCGUGGACCGCGCCAUCGUCAGCAGACAGGAGCAGGUCAUUUGUGAUCUGGAGAACAAGACGGAGUUCCAGAAAGUGCAGAUCAGGAGGUUUGAGGUCCUGGUGCUCCGGCUGCGGAGCAGCGUGGUCAGGAUGGGCGAGGAGCUGUCCCGGGUGACCGCGGCUGAGUCCCAGCAGCGGGAGAGCAGCCGCUACUACCAGCGGCGCCUGGAGGAGCUGAAGGCCGACAUGGAGGAGCUGGCGCGGCGGGAGGCCGAGGCCGGCCGGCGCUGCUUGGAGCUGGAGCAGUGCCUGGAGGAGCUGGGCGCCGUGCGGCAGGCGCUGCAGACUGACCUGGAGACGUCCAUCCGGCGGAUCGCGGACCUGCAGGCGGCCCUGGAAGAGGUGGCGUCCAGUGACAGUGACACGGAGAGCGUCCAGACGGCUGUGGACGGCGUGGGCAGUGACAGGAAGGAGACGGAUGAGGUCUCCGUCCUCAGCUCCCAGCCCGACGGCAGCCCACGGUCCUGGCUGAGCAGCACGCUGUCCCUGGCCACUGACACCACGAGGACGCCCUCGAGACAGACGGCCGCCAGCAGCCUCAGCGCCAGGAACGAGGAGGCUGGAGACCCCGCGGUGUCAGCGCCGAGCAGACGGGACGUCCAGAGCAGGACGUCCAGAGAUGUCCCCCUGUCGCCUGGCUCCGGCCGCCACCGGCCAGCAUCCAGCCACUCUGGGGACGGCGAAGGCCUUGGUGUCCAGAGGAAGGCAACGGAGAGAAGGGGUGGCAUGUCCCCGUCCCCGGUGUCCCCUCAGCUGCGGGCGAAGCUGCCCAGCCCCUCGGCCGCCCUGUCCGAGUUCGUGGAGGGACUGCGCAGGGCGCGGACGCAGAGGGGACAGGGGUCCACGCUGCGCCUGGAGGACUGGCCCUCGCCCCCCAUCUACCAGGUCACCGGGGCCUCCGCACUCAGUAGAGGCCGGGCCAGCAGUGACGAGGGGUCACUUUCCCUCAGCGGCGGGGCGCGGUCCUCCCUGGGGGACGAGGGGACCUCGGCCACCCCGGCCGGUCUCCCGCGGUCCACCAGUCUCAGGAGCAUCACCUGGGACAGCGCCGAGGACGCCGGGAGGCCCAGGGCCCGGUUCAGCUCCCACGAGUCUCUCCUGGUGCCGGCACCGGGCUGGGGACGCAGCCCAGUGUCCCCCGGGUCCCCCGGGGCCGCCCUCCUGUCACCCACACUGCGUCCCCGACGGCGGUGUCUGGAGGCCCCCAUGGAGGAUGCCACGGGCUGCCUGGACCUCGGGAAGGAGCCGCUGGUCUUCCAGAACCGCCUCCUCGGCCACCUGAUGGACGAGCCGCCGGGCGGUGACCGGUUCGGCUGGAAGUCCCCGAGCCAGGCCCAGGUGGAGUUGGACGACUUCCUCCCGGCCAUCAGGAGGCCGCAGACCCCCGUGGCCACGGCCACCGUCGGACGCGGCAGGGCCACGCGAACGAGCGUCCACUUGGAGACGGGGGACACUGACCCCUCCGAGACCGUGUUGAAAAUUUGCCCGGGGUCCAAGGAGGACACCGCUCUCCUCUCCGACUCCUCCGACUCCUCCAGCUCCGUCACCUCCUUCAAAAGCGCGGACAGCGUCAAGAGCCGGCCGAGGCUCCCGCGGCCCGAAGGCGACGGUGGCGAGCAGGCGUCCCCCGAGGCCAGAGAGCCGGGCGCAGGGAGGAGGGACAGCGACGUGGAAAGCAUCAUGAAGAAAUACCUGCAGAAGUAGCUCUCAGCCUCCGGAAAGGCAGCUGCCAUUGUCACUUGGAGACUCCACAGCCUUGGGGAAGUGGACAGCGGACAGCGGCUCCAGGGCCACAGCCAGGCGGCCCGGCCACCGUGAGGACGAAACAGGAAGGAGUGGUAUCCCGUCCCCUGCCCAGGCACGGCCCACCGUGUCCAAAAUAAAGCUGUCUUCCUUGC